UAAGUUAGACUCCUUCCGCCAACCCGGAAACAUCUCUCGCAAAAUGGAUUCAAGCACAGGAUUCUUUAAGUUCAUAUUUUCAGACCGUUCGUGGGAUUUCUCUAAGACCCCGAAGUCUUUUCAGGCCGCAUACGAAUCGUUGAACCCAAAACCUUACCAAAUCUUUGAUCUUCUGUUGAAGGAAGAGCGUUUCACAAAUUUCUUCUCGAGAAUAGAAGUCUAUGGAAACAAUCUGGCCAACUUGUUAAGUCAAUUCCAUAGUUUCGAGAAAGAUAAUUACAGGAGCUCGCUAUUACGGGAGAUUAUUGGCUCUUUUACUGUUUCUCUGCUCGCUGAAAGAUUUGAUGACAUGAAGUCCAGGAGUGUAGCUGCAAGAAUCGUUGUCUCGGUGGUGAAAUUAUCGGAUCCAAGCACUUUAGGGAAGUUUGGUGUGAGAUUAGGGGCUCUCCCAGGGAUAUUGCGGGUUCUGGUUGAGGAGGGGCACAUAAAAGAAUUAUCCUUGACUCAUCCACAAUGCUUUGAAGGUCUCAUUUCUGGAGUCCAGGCCAGGGAACAGUGGGUCGAAUUUAUUAUGGGUUUCUGCAAGGAGUGUGAAGUUCACGGGUCGAGGCCCAAGAGAACUAGCGACGUGGACUUGGCGAAGUUUAUUCGCACUGUUCCUUGUCAAUUGUGCUCGAACAUUCCUACCGGCCGCGGACCCAGCAAGGAUCCCGAGGGGAAGCUAACGCGAGCUCGAGACCACCUCUUCAGAUCAAACCUGGAGUUGAAUGUAUUCGAAUCCCUCUUAGGUGAGCCUCUUGGGCCGUGGAAAGUAAUUCUUUCUCAACAGGCCAUGGAGGAACUGGGGACAGAGAACGCUCGGGGUACAGAUUCCAUCACUCAAGAUGUUUUUGAGGAUUGCUGAUGUGAGCUAGGUAUCCUCGGGGAUGUUCGGUGUAAGUUCUCCGAGCUUGCCUCCGGAGACUGGGGUGGAAGAAAGCUGUUCAAUAUGGCCGAGUGGGGAGAUACCUUGAGCUUUCGAAUCCCUUUAUUCAGAACUUUCUACAAACCCGGGUCUUUUAUAUUAUGGCAGAUUGAUACUGCUUUUGAUGAAAGGUUUGGCGAGGAUUACCAGGUUAUAAAAGGUUUGUGUAUCCAUGAAAGUGUCCUCAUGGGUGGGGAACUGACAACAAGAAACUGCGGUUUAGUAUGGACUAUUGGAAACCCCAGAGAUGUAUGUCCGGUCCCUGUGUGAUGUGGGUACGGUGAUGUUAAGGUGAAGAAGGUCGGCAGGAUUCUUGCGCAUAUUCAUCGGGUACAACAAGCCUAUACGAAAGCUCAAGUGGGAGCUUGCACCAUAGACAAUAUGGAUGGGUUACGAGGGGUCAUGUAUCCAAUGAGGGUGUGCUUGGACGACGAGGAGAGUGGUUCCACGGUGGUUGAUGGCACCAUUAAUGAGGAUUUCGAUUAUCUAACUCAGCUAGGUGAGAAAGCUGAAAUAGCCCGACUUGAAUGGCUCUUGCCUGACGAUGCUAAAUUUGUGGUUAAUAGCAAAGUUUUAUGGUCUAACUACCACUGUUCUGGACGGUAUUGCCUCCUUAGCUGGCAAGCUGGCAUACCCAGUAGCCAUAUCCACGGAAGAGGCCCGGGUGGUGGAUCACUUCGUAACACCAGCAUUCAUUCUCGGGAGAAGUGGAACCGGGAAAACUACCUGCCUGGUUUAUAAGCUGGUGGGAAGGUAUUUAAGUAUCGGGAAGAAAGGAGGACCUUUGAGACAAGUAAGUGAUUGCAGGAGGUCUGAGAUUGGGCCAUCCUCUGAACGCAAGGUUAAGCUAACAGUCACAGGUCUUACUCACGAGGUCAAAGAGAUUGGCGUCGAAGUUAAGAACUAAUACCUGUGGAUUGAUUAAGGCCCGGUUGGGAGAGCUAGCUGAGGGCAAUUAUGGCAAAAAUGGUGAUUUCGAUGACAAUACAAGAGAGCAAUUCUCAUCGCUUUGUGAUGCAGAUUUCCCGCUGGUAUGCACUUUUGAUUACUUAUUAAGGCUUAUGGAGAAUAGUAUUAGGUUUGUUGCUCCUUAGUAUAAGCCAUUGGUAUAUGGUUGGCUUACCGAGCGGCUCCAGGGAACAGGAAAACCGGAGGAGAUACAUGAAGAUGGACAGUUCUAAAUGCACCCGUGUGAUCGACUUUAGGAUGUUCAACAUUGAAUACUGGGAGCACCUAUCCCCAAAAUUAAAGAAGGGUAUUACGGUAGAUUUAGCAUUUCUUGAAAUCAUGGGGGUCAUUAAGGGAUCGAUUACUCCAGCCACAGACUUUGAGCCAUUAUCUCGCCAAGAUUAUUUGGCAAAGCGGUGGAGACAGGCCCCGAAUUUUGCGACGCAGAGAGAGAGGGAUGCUGUCUAUGACAUAUACGAGUGGUAUGAGCGGGCAAAGAAGAAGCGCGGCGGUAUUGAUCAGGCAGAUAGGGUUAUCAAAGUUAUAAGGGCUUUGGAGACAUUCAAGCCUUCAGAGAUACCUGAAGAGAAUGAAUUCGAACGGAAUAUUCGAAGGGUACUGGACGAAAUAUAUGUUGAUGGUUCGCAUCUCUCAAUCCAAACACUACCUUCGGAAGGGAUUAACAAGGAGGCAGAGGUCCAAGACCAGCGUGCGUCGGAAAUAAGUAUGCUUUUGACCUUAGUGGGUUAUCCCCAGCACAUCCAUUUCG